CAUACCGAAGGAGCCAUGAUUGGGCGAGCAGAGUCUAUGGAGACAGGCAUAGCGACGGUAUUUUUGGCGACUUGGAAGCCUUUUUAACAAAGAGAGAAAAAAAAGAGAGCGACCCGCUGGGAGGACUGUGAGACCUGUCGAAGGCAGGGGUUCCGUGCUAGGCGGCGGGCUUGAUUGGCGACUGCGUGUGACGAGCUCCGUCGCUCCAAUCUAGACAAACAAUGCAAGAUGGAGAGCAGAACGAGUAAGUUGGAGGUGUGUGAUUUGAUUUGGCAAGGGGGGCAGGCUAAGAUGCAAAGCUUGGCUUGGGCGGUUGUCGCAAGUUUGGUGUCAGGUUGGACCGGGUUCAGAGUCAGAGAGCCUGGCGAUGACGGGAAACAAACAAUGGAGACGAGUCCUUUUGUCGUCUUUUUAUCUCUCUUCUUGUCUCUCUCGCUCUGCGCUGCUUGUUUGCCGCGUAGCCAAUCGGGAGUUUUUCUUCCUGGCAGGAAAUUGAGCUGCGGCGGGCUGCGUCGCGGUGGCCGGCUCGGUGCGAUGCUGGAGUGGGCUCUGCAGGGAGAAGCAAUCAAAAAAGGCCGCUUGUUGGCUAGAGGCGCGCUGGAGAGUGAGAACAAAAAGAAAGGAAAAGAGAGGGACGGACGGGAGAUGAUGAGCACGAAGCUGGUGGAGCCGAUGGAGAUGCGAAGGGGUGCUAGGUUCGUUUGAGCAGCACCGAGAGGGAAAAGAGACGACGGUUGUAGGGGAGGGAGGCCCUGGAGCGAGGGCCGUUUUGGCGAGUGCCAGCAGCGCUACAGCGGGGUGACCUGGCGGGCAAGUACCGGCCAAACGCUGUAAGAAACGGGGCUGAUGCCGGUGCUAGGCAGGGGGGCAGCGCUCUAGCGGGUUUUAUGGGGGACGAGGAGCUUUGAUAGCGGGUGCCUAGCAUGGAC